UUAAACAUACUAGAUUUAUGGCUUUAAAUUAAAUGAAAUAGUUGUACCGGCGCGAGUUGUUUCCGAUACGUAUUAUGUAGUUUUGCCCCGUAAUGGAAUAUACUUCCGCUUUCGUUGACUGUUCGAUGCUGUAAAGAGAAAGGUUCUCACUGUUACCAGCUUGUGAGCACACAACAACAUGUCACUAGAGACAGUGUGGGUGAAGAUGGAGCCUGGAGAGGUGUGUGUGAAGACGGAGCCUGGAGAGGUGUGUGUGAAGACGGAGCCCGGAGAGCUGUGUCUGAAGACGGAGCGGGAGUGUGAGGACAGCGCCUGGCAAGGACUGAGCACGGCGGCCGCGCAGGCCGGACUGUAUACCGACCAUGAGGUCAAGGACGAGCUCGUGCUGGGCCCCGAGGAGUGGCACCGCCCUAAAGUGCGCCCUAUACAAGUGUGUUCGGCCAGCAGCGCCGCCCGCGCCAGGGAACAGCUCGCGAUGGCUUGUUCCGUGGUGCUCGAGCGCCUGCGCGGCGACGCGACUGUUCACAGUGGAGGCAAACCAUAUGCCUGCGGACACUGUGGCAAGCAUUUCGGAAACAAAUAUAUUUUAAGGAAUCACAUACAAAACACACACUUGUCGACCGAACAAAAACUAUUUGCUUGUGAUUUUUGUAGUUCUACGUUUCGCACUGAAUUGCUUGUAACGGAACACGAGAAAAGCGAACACGGUGUUACAAAUUUGAUGUGUGCUGAAUGUGAGUAUACAACAAGUUCUAAGAAAAGUUUGGAGACUCAUUUAAAGAGUCACUCUUUGGAUAAUAAUUUUAAUUCAAAUCACUGUAGUUACACACGUUCGUGUAUAAGUAAUUUAAAUAAACAGCAAACAAAACACAUUGCUGGAAAACUUUUAAAGUGUAGCGACUAUGAUUUUAAAUGCAGUGUUGAACCAAACCUGCGACGUCACCAGAAGACGCACAACCGGAGGCACCAGAGAAUACUCACUGGAAAACAGCCUUACAAAUGUAGUCAUUGCGACUUCAAGUGCAAUAAAAGUUCAGGCUUACGAAGACAUGAAAGGACACAUACUGGCGAGAAGCCUAUUCAGUGUAGCCACUGUGAUUACAAAUGCAAUCAGAAAUCAUACUUACAAAAACACCUGAUGAUACAUACUGGGGCGAAGCCAUUUCAGUGUAGUCACUGUGAUUACAAAUGCAGUCAGAAAUCAAACUUACAAAAUCACCUGAUGUUACAUACGGGGGCGAAGCCAUUUCAGUGUAGCCACUGUGAUUACAAAUGCAGUUAUAAGUCACACUUGCAACAACACCUGAUGAUACAUACUGGGGCGAAGCCAUUUCAAUGUAGCCGCUGCGAUUACAAGUGCAUUCAGAAAUCAACCUUACAAAGGCACCAAAGCAUACAUACUGGAGGGGAGAAGCCUUUUCAGUGUAGCCAAUGCGAUCACAAGUGCAGUGAUAGGUCAAGCUUACGCAGACAUGAACGGACACAUACUGGCGAGAAGCCUAUUCAGUGUAGCCACUGUGAUUACAAAUGCAAUCAGAAAUCAUACUUACAAAAACACCUGAUGAUACAUACUGGGGCGAAGCCAUUUCAGUGUAGCCACUGUGAUUACAAAUGCAGUCAGAAGUCAAACUUACAACAACACCUGACAAUACAUACUGGGGCAAAGCCAUUUCAGUGUAGCCACUGUGAUUACAAAUGCAGUCGAAAGUCACAGUUACAACAACACCUGAUGAAACAUACCGGGGCGAAGCCAUUUCAAUGUAGCCACUGUGAUUACAAAUGCAGUCUGAAGUCACGGUUGCAACAACACCUGAUGAUACAUACUGGGGCGAAGCCAUUUCAGUGUAGUCACUGUGAUUACAAAUGCCCUAAUAAAUCGGAUUUAAAAAAACACCAGAGGAUACACACUCGAGAAAAGCCUUUCAUAUGUAGUCAUUGUGAUUACAAAUUCAGCGAUAAAUCCAGCCUGCGACGUCACCAGAAGACGCAUGGGACGAAUCUUAAAAAGCAAUAAUAGCGACUACAAGUGCAGCCUGAAAAAUCACCUGCGGAGCCACCAGAUGAGACGCGGAAGAGAACCCUUAUUAUAGGGAUCGUUCGCGGCGGAGGGUAUGUCGCCUUUUGUCCUAAAUCGGAAAGUUAAACCUGACAUUGACACAUCGCAAUAAGCAGGGGGCUUCUGUGCUGCUCCUACAGUACAAACAUAAUGUACCUCUACAAAUCACUUAAUAUUAAAAUACAGUGGUGAAACUGGUGAAGUAUAUUAGUGUCAAUCCGCUAGUUUGUGCAGUGAGUGAGCGCUGGGGGCGAAGUGGUCAGGGCUGUAAUUGCGGAAAUCGAAGUUCGCAAAUUGCGGGCUUCUUUCUCUGUCCCUCUAAUUACGCCUUAAUUGAAGUAAAAGAGAAAAUUACCCGCAAUCUGCGGAGUUCGCUGUUCGCGGUAGGCCCUCAGCCAUGUGGCUUCCAAGCCGGAGGUCGUGGGCUCAAACUGCAGACACGAAGUACCACCGACUUUCUUGAGACUUAUGUACAGUCGCCAUCAGAUAUAUCGGAGCGGCCAACGUGCUCACAAAUAUCUGAACACGCCUCUAUUGUUGGGGUGUUAGAGUGUGUGUUCAGAUAUUUUUGAGCACCUAGACAGCUCCCAUACGGCGACUAUGCAUCACUUGAUACUUACCAGUUCCUUUGUAGUUUGCUUGCUGGAGGAAAAUAUCUCAAAUGAACCUGCAUAUUAAAGUUAUUGCGAGGGCUGUCAUGA